UGUUUAGACAACUAAAAAGAUGUACACUCAGAGUUGGUUUUCCUGGAAUCUGUAAACCUGGAUUCCCGUUCUGUAGCAUAAGAGAAAUUUCAAAAACCACCAAUGUUCUGGUCACUUGAAAAAAGUUUGAAGAUGAUGCAAUGAAUAUUACAACACAAUUAAUCUUUCCUGGGAUCAUUAUAAGGAAAAGUCGCAGAUACCAAAACAGACGAUAGAACGACGCCUUUUGCUAAGAGUAAUUGCAACUGUUAGCGAAAGUUAAAAUGGAAAUGAGAAGACUAAACAUUAGAAAAUUAUCUCGAUUAGUAAUUGGGUUGAUAUGUGGAAUUUUUCUCCUUCAAGUGAUUCCAUUUAAGGAUUUUACAAUCAAUACUAACUUGAUAAUUGAUGUUCCUGCUUUAGAAAAAGUAGUAUUUGAAAUGCAAUCCAAUGUAAGUUCGAAUGGCACACCAUUGAAUAAGUUCGAUGAGACAUAUAUCUACAAAAUAAAUCCUGCCGACUCAAUGUGUAAUAAUUCAAAUUGUGAUUUCUUGCAAAUGAUCUUAAUUGUAAAAUCAUAUGUGUUAAACUUUGGACAACGUGAAGCUAUACGAAGGACAUGGGGAGGCACGACGAAACUUCGAUCCAAAAUUCUAUUUAUCGUCGGAUACCUUGACGGCAUUGACACUUUAGUCGAACAUGAGUCAACACAUAACAGGGAUAUUAUUCAGCUUAAUAUGCCAGAUCAGUAUGAAUAUGAAGUUUAUAAAAUGAUUUAUUCUAUCUUAUGGUUAUUUCGAGUCAAUUUAAAGGCUGAGUUCGUCUUUUUUGUAAAUGAUGACCGCUUAGUAAAUCCAAAAAACAUAUACAGUGUUGCAACUAAUAAUAUUUAUUCAACAGAUUCACUUAUGUUAGGAUAUAGAUUGUCCUUUUCGAAAGCAUGUAGAGAUAACAGUUCUAAACGAUACAUUUCAACUGAAGACUAUCCUUUUGUUUUUUUUCCACCAUACAUAAUUGGAGGAACUAUAUUGACAAAUAUCAAAACUAUUAAGAUUUUAGCCAUUGCCGCAGCGUUUAUAAAGGUUAUUCCAUUAGAAGAUGCAUAUAUCGGGAUAGUAGCAAAAGCGGCCAAUAUCAAAUUGAAACAUCAUAGUGGGUUUUUACCAUUUAAAGAAUCGCUUUAUGUUCUAAGGAAGGCAGUUUCAUCUCCUGGAUAUGAAGCAACAUACAUGUUACUACAAGACUGGAGUUUGAUUAACAUUGCAUAAAGGCAAUGAAUAAGAUAGCAAGUAAAUAAGAUGAUACGAAAUAAUUUAGUGCUAACCUGAAUGAUACACUACAAUUAUUUGUUCAUACAAUAUCUUUUAAAGAGGCAUUAGUUACCAGAUAUAAAAAAUCAAUAAUGAAAGUGAAAAAGUGAAAUGAUAAUUCGGGUUUAGCAACCAGUUUGGUUCAAUUUUGUCAAAUUAAGAGACAUCGCUGAUGAAUUAUUCACUUGCAAGUGAAUAAUUUGACCUCAUUGAAUCCGUAUUGAUGUGACCUUCAAUUUAACCUCUUAGCUGGAGAUGGGUUACGCAUGUUGGCUAUUAAAAGGAAAAGAAUGUCAAAAUUGAAAGUGAAACAAGGAUGAACCAUUUGGUUAAUUGAUAAGAUCUACAUAAAAAUCAUUCUGAUACAGGUAACAACGAUGAUAAGCAUACUUUGAAACCUACAAUUUAAAACCAAACAGACCUAGAAAAUCUCGUUGCAAGUGGUCGCUUUCUAUUUCUAUUUCUAUUUAUGUUUAUAUCGGGUUAUAAGACCGUCAACAGUCUUCGGAAGUCAUCUCGGUGGUUAAUUAGAUGACGUCUAGACAAAAACACACACGAAAUGCUGAUACAUAUUAUCGUGCAUUGUUAAUUGUUUGUUUUAGACUUUUUGUAAUUUGGAUAUACGUUUUAGUAUGUUUUAAAUCUAAUAUGAGAAUUUGAGUCAAAUCGGUAAACAUGAAUUUGACAGCUAAUGCCCCUUUUCAGAGUAAAGUCUGUUUCUUAUA